CCUGGGGCCCUCAGCCCCACCCUGAGCUGUGUUGUAGUUGUCUCAGCCUCUCCACCCCCAAGGGCUCAGCUGGCUCUGUUGGACCUGCCUCAGCCCUGUGUCCCUGGUCACUGUCCUGGGCCUGCUGGCUGGGUUGUCACUCCUAUGGGAGCUGCUGUCCCCUGCCGUGUCCCGUGCGUGGGAGCAUGCAUCCUGGGAGCUCGCCAGUGAAGCUGCAGGCAGCAGCUUCUUGAACCUGAAGCUGUCCAGGACCUGCUUUGGAGACAGCAGGGCUAAAUCUUAACCCUGUGACACCCCCAGGUGACUUUUCCACAUGUCUGGGAGCCUUCACUACCUUCUUAAUGUCUGACCAUUGCCAUCAGGAAGUCUUCUUCAGCCUUUGCUUGUACCCAGAGCAAGAGCAAGCUGAAUCCCAGGAAGGCUCCCGACCAGCACCAAGGCUAAACCAGAAGCUCCUGGCCCAAACGUGGUGUGGCUUUGCCCCAGGGGGGGCAGAUUCAGAGAGGACCUGGGGAUGUCCACCACGGUGCAGUGAGAGGUGGGUGCUUCAGCCGCUGCCUCGGAGGCGGAUGGGUUUGGUUUCCAGCCCGGGGGCAGCGGGUGCGAGGGGUGCGGGAGGAAUGAGCAGCGGGCUGGUGCUCCGCACCCCGCUUCCCGAGGACACCUCGGCGUUCACGCCGCUGAAGCCUGUCAGCAUGUCAGGGGAAGCUGGAGAAGACACCCCAGUCUUUGAGGACAUCAAACCCCCCGCCCGGCCCCUGGAGAACCCCCCCGACCUGACGCAGCUGCACCCCAUGAGGAUGGAACCGCGGAUGCCGCCGCUCAUUCUUGAGGCACGGUCCGAGAUGGAUAAGUACCUCUCCAGCGAGGUGCCCCCCAUCCCAAUGAUCCCAGACAAGAAGUACCGCCGGGAGAGCGCCUCGGUGGUGGAUGAGUUCUUCUCCACAGAGAAGCCCACCUCCACGCCCUACAGCGUCAACAUCAACGUCAUCCUGCCCGACACCACCCACCUGCGCACCGGACUCUACCGCCCGCCCAAACCCAUCGCCCCCUUCCCGCAGAUCAAAACAGAGCCUGGCACCAGCUUUGCCCAGCCCUGCUCUUCUGCCUCUGGCUCCACACAGACCCUGCCCGACUUCACCAGCGUCUUCAGCAUGCCCCAGUCAGUGGCAGUGAACAACAUCUUCAUCAAGCAGGAGAUGCCCUCCGAGAUGCCCUUAUCCACCAACCCGCAGCAGUCUCACCUCUACCAGAUGCCUCUUGGCAGCGCUGACAUCACCACCUUGACGUCCUCCUCCAACAGCACCACAGCUAUCAACAGUCUCAGUGGUGUUACCAUGUCCACGGGCAACCCCAUGGCCAGUGUUGUCCACAGACCUGUCCAGCCAGGAGGGCCACUAAAGCAGUACCCUCAUGUCUCCCAGGGACAGGGAAACUUCAACAUCUCAGGGCAGUUCUACCCUGCUCCAGGGGUGAACCUGCCCCCUUCACCGCCCAACUCACAGCCUGGCAGCCCAGAAAAUCAACCAGAGCUCAUCAACACCAUCUCUCCCCCUCCAUCCUAUGAAGCCACUUUCGGACUGAAGUUGGUCCAGUCAUCCCAGGUCCCCCCAGUCCCCAACGGCCUUGGAACCCUCUCCCAAGGGCACAUUGUCAUGCAGCCCCCCAAAUACAACAGACGCAACAACCCUGAGCUGGAGAAGAGGAGAAUCCACCACUGUGACUUCCCAGGUUGCUCCAAAGUUUAUACCAAGAGCUCCCACCUGAAGGCACAUCAGAGGACUCACACAGGUGAGAAACCCUACAAGUGCACGUGGGAAGGCUGCGACUGGCGCUUUGCCCGCUCCGACGAGCUGACCCGGCACUAUCGGAAGCACACAGGAGCCAAACCCUUCAAGUGCCUUGCCUGCGGCCGCUGCUUCUCCCGCUCCGACCAUCUGGCUCUCCACAUGAAGAGGCACCAGAACUAGGAGCCACCUACCUUCACCACUCCUCCCAGAGCAGCUCAAACUCUUUUUUUUUCCCCCCCCUUUUUUCUCCCCCCUUUUUAUUUUCCCUUCCUGAGGAGGCAUCUUCUUUUCUCCUAACACAGGAACAAACCCAUGCUGUGAUCAACCAGUGGGGCAAGACCCCCCAGUCCCCCCUUUGCAAGCCCUCUCCCCAGCUAUUCUGGUUUUAAGGGAAAUUUCAUUAAAAAAGCAGUUUUAAUUACAGACUGAUCUCGUGACGAGGCUCCUGGCAGCACUGGAGGUGCUGGGCCUUGGAUUCCAAAGGCUGUGCUUCCAGCAAACCUGCUAUUUAUUUGCCACUCAGGAGCAGCUGUCCUUUGUGCCUCGAGCUCUUUGGGAUUAUUUCGCCUCCCUUUUUUAGGGUGGUGCCUGAGGAGGGUUGUGAUGGGUUGGUAGCUUGGCUCUGCGUGAGAGGUCUCACUCCAGACUGUCCUCUGGGACUGCCCCAUGGCAUGGCCACCUUAUCCCAUGGUAAGGCUAUGGAUAUGCCACCUCGUCCCGUGGUAUGGCCAUAGAUGUGCCACCUCGUCCCAUGGUGUGAUCGUGGAUGUUCCACCUUGCCCCCUAGUGCAGCCAUGGAUGUGCCACCUCUGAUGUGUGAGAGCAGAAGCACAUGCCCAGGGCUGUUUGGGUUGACAAUCCCAAUCUCUGUGGGGGCAUAGAAGAAAAGACCUGUGACAUACUCGCCUGACAGUGCCUUCAAGCAAGGAACAGCACAAAAGCCGAUGACAAAAGCCAUCAUCUGUGUGCCACAGAGUCCAUCUGUGGCUUCCUGGCAGCUGACUCAUUCAGGGCUGUCAGUAUCUGCCCUGCUUGACCAGGUUUUUUUGGUUAUGUCCUUAGCAUUUCUGCUUCCAAGACAAAUCUGACUUCAGGAGUCUCUGGGAGGACUGGCACAGCUCUUGAAGCCACCCAGGGGACUGCAAAGCAAGCCACCAGUUUGCCAGUGGAAACCAGACUGUAUUUUCCCAGUAGCAAUACCCAGGACACAGUUUGCCUUUUUUGGAAAGCCACCAGCUCAUGCCUUGAACAGGAACAUGAGGGAUCAGUCACUACCACUCUCACCCAGCUUUUGCUGUUGCUGCUUCACCACCUUCAGACAAAAGAAAAGGAGAAGGCAUCGUUGAACUCAGAUCCCAAUAAAUCCUGCUGUUCAGAUUGUGAUCACCUUACCUACCUCACGGCUUCACCACCUUGGACUUCCUUCCUCUGCUGUGGAGUGCCUCACAGGGGGCACAUCAACCAUUCUUCAAAGCCUACUGAGAGUUAAACUGAGGUAGGACAGGAAUCAAGCCAGGCCAGUUUAAACAGCAGCUGUGCAGGUGAUCAAUAAAUCAGGGACAAAUCAUGGGCCUGCUAUGUCCAACAGGCUAUUGAUUUCCUCCUCUCUUGUUCUUCCUCCAGCAAAUCGAAGUGCCUGCAUCAGGGACUGGAAGAGCCACCCUGAACUGUGGCAUCUUCAGGUAGUGGGAAUUUCAAGGCCACUUCUCCCUGCUCUUGCCCAACUUACACCUUGGCCAAAGACGGGUCCUGCUUGUCUUGGAUAAAUUGAAGCUGGUCAGGAGCUACAGGAGGGGAAUGAUUUUGGGAUGGAGUGUUCAUGAUGUAGGUUUUGGGAUGGAUGAUGUGCCCAGGGCUGGUGGUGCAGUGCUGCAUUGAGCCUUUCAUGUGGCUCUUUGACAAGAAGCCUCCUCCUUUCUUCAUGCUACCAGUGAAGGUGGGAAUGGAGAGGGGAAAUCAGGCCAACAAAAGGUUGGAAACUGGUUUAGGUGACUUUCCCUGAUGGUGCAUGGGGAGAUGUUUCCAAAUCUCAGCACUAGGGCUUUUGCCUGCCUGGGAGGCUUGAUGAUGACACCUUCUUGACGUGAUGCUCGGAAUGCCUGGCUCAUAAAUCACCUUUUGCUGACUACAUGUAUGUCCCCCAUGUCCUCUUCCCAGCUCUUUCCUUGCUUGCUGUCACAGGUCACUGGAGAUGGGCAGGUGCUGGAGCAAAUGCAUUUGUUUACCAUCAGCCUUGCUGUGUGUGGGCUCUGGCUUCACUUCAGGGCACAGAACAGGACCCUGCCCCUGCCUUGACCUAGCCUCCUCCUUUUUCCCACAUCACUUUGGAGGCUGGGUUGAGCUAUAUGAGUGAGAAGGGUGUGCAGUGCCUUCUACCCCCAAAAACAGAGGGGCAGGAGAGAUGUGCAGCCUGAAGCCUCCAUGCAAGGGGCUUCUGCUCAGAGGUGGAUGUGGAGAAGCCUUAGGGAAUGUCUCUGAUGAUGGAAAAACCCCUCGGAGCACGGUGGGGGAGCAGGAGCAUGUGGCUGCCAGCACAGGCACGUUGAGCUCAUGCCAAAGGAAUGUCAGGGUAGAAUGGAAAUGCCUCAGCCAGUCCCUGCCAGUGUCUCCAGGAAGCUCAGGUUGCCUUGGUGGGGUUAGUGGAGACCUAAUGUGGCUGUGUUGGGACCUGCUGUGCUCCACCCUAUUCAGCUGGCACCAGUUCAGCUCCUCGAAAGGUGAGCCCUGACAUGGUGAGCUUGUGACACCAGUCAAGGGGCAGCCAGCACCCACAGUGGUAACAACAAUCUCUGUGUGGGAAGACUCUUUUUUUGGUUCAUCUGUUGUGGUUGAACCUCCUAAAUGUGUGAGCCAAGGGCACGAGAUCAACCCAACCACCAUGUGGGCUAUCAGGAUAAUUGUGAGGCUAGCCCUCACCUGAGGCCCUUAGAGGGGUCUCAUCAUCCCCUCCUCUUUAUUUUGGAGAAGGAAACCUCCACUCCACAUUUCCAUGUUUUCUUCCCUUGUUGUGCUGAUGGAGCCCAAAACAAUCAUCACAAAGCCAAAACAAGCAGCAGGCAGCUUUGAAAUCAUUUCCCUGAUGCUCUUGGUGUGCAGACAAAAGGCAUCUGCUCAGCCUCAGGUGGACUCUGUGUGUGCAGAUGUUUAUUACUUCUUUUUACUGUGAUGGGGGAAGAGGGGAGGUGGGCAGCAGAGGAAGAAGCAUCUAAAAACCCAGCCCAAAACAGUCAAAGGCAAAACCACAGCAAGCCUGUGCUGUGAUUUCUCCACUGUCGUGUGCGCAGAAGGGGAUAACCUUCAGCCUUAUGUUUCAUUGCAGCUCUUGGUGAAAGCUGUGGGAGAGGGAGAGUAAUGCUGAUGAUCCUCUUUGCCUGCUGAUCAGGUUCACUCAGCUCAGACUUCAUCACAACAAAGUUGGUUUACAUCCUUCUAGACCCUAAUGAUGGUUCUCAGGCAUUGCUCUGUUCUUCUUCCCAAGUCCUCUCCUCUGUUGGUUAUUUCCAGGUUUCACCAUCCCUUGGGAGACUGAGAUCUGAGAGAUCUCAGCUGGGUUUGUUCAGCCUGGAGGAGAGGAGGCUCCAGGGAGACCUUGUCACCAUGUUCUAGUGUUUAAGGAGUGAAAGCAGGGGGAGAUGUUUCACCAUCACUUGGGGAGUGUAGAUCUGGGAUAUCUCAGGUGGGUUUGUUCACCACCACUUGAACAGUAGACUGGGGAAUGAGAUCUGAGAGAUCUCAGCUGAGUUGGUUCAGCCUGGAGAAGAGAAGGCAACUCAGGGGAGCCCUUAGCCCCAUGUUCUAGUGCUUAAAGAGUGAAAGCUGGGGCAGAUGAGGAGUGAUACAGAUGAAGCAAACCCCCUCUUUGCUCCAUGAGCUGGUGUGUGAACUCCAGCAUCCUCUGGGACACAGUGGUGAAGGUUUCCAAGCCAGAGAAGUCUCUGCUGCACCUGUACAUAGUGGGGGGUGGGAAAUAAAGGGCUGUAAAUAGGAGCAGAGCAGUGUGUGGCUUGGGGUGGGGGGUGGGAAAUGCUCUGCAUGGAUCAAAGAUGAUAAUUGAUUGUUUACUGUCCAAGAUGAACACAAUGUGAAAAUCAGGACCUAGAGACCUUGGGUGGAAGGUUUAUUUUUCCGGUGAUGCUUUUGUUUGUUAUGUUUCCCCCUCUUCCCUCCCCCUCCCCUUAAAAAGCCUCCCCUAUGACUAUUAAUCCAGCUCAUAUUUUGUAAUAAAAUUUUAUCACGUGGA